GGCGGUGGCGGAGGAGUCACCCGGGCAGCCUCGGGACCGGUCUCGGGCCGGCAACCGUCCAGCGGCUUUGACCACCGCCUCAGCGUUCCGUCCUCACGCCUCUUUCCUGGGCCGAGAGGUAGCGUGGCCGACAGUCGCUGAAUUCUCUCUCCUCCCUGUCGGUGGUUUGCCUCAGGCGGGCCGUUUGCGCUUCAGGGGCCGCCUCCGUGGGGCGAGGUUUCCGUGACGAAUCUCCUGGGGCUGCCCGCGCCGGCUCGGGCCGUCGUGGCGGCUCGGGCUCGUGGAACUUGCUCAUCCUCCGGGGGUCCGGAGCCCUCGAAGUUAGGCGUCUCAUCCAGGCGGUCGUGGCGGGUGCCGGCUCUUAAAGGGCGUCACGGCAGGACUCCGCUGACUGGGCAAUCUCCAUUCAUCUUCCAGCCGCACGGGCAGCGCCCUCUCCCUCGCGGGUCCCCUACUCGGACUCAUUUUUUCCUUUCCCCGCUCUGCUGCCCUUUCCUCACUCCUUGGGUGCGGCGAUUCUCCUGGAAGCGGGGGUGUCGGUUAUGAGCUGGACCCUCUUGCCCUGAAUUUCUCGGGGCAGGAACUCGGCGGCGCCGCCGCGCCGCCUGCCGCCCACCGCGCCCCCGGGAUGGGGGUGAACGCGGUGCACUGGUUCCGAAAGGGGCUCCGGCUUCACGACAACCCCGCCCUGAAGGAGUGCAUUCAGGGCGCCGACACCAUCCGCUGCGUCUACAUCCUCGACCCCUGGUUCGCCGGCUCUUCCAAUGUGGGCAUCAACAGGUGGAGAUUUUUGCUUCAGUGUCUUGAAGACCUUGAUGCCAAUUUGCGAAAAUUAAACUCUCGUCUGUUUGUGAUUCGUGGACAACCAGCAGAUGUGUUUCCCAGGCUUUUCAAGGAAUGGAACAUUACUAAACUUUCAAUUGAGUAUGAUUCUGAGCCCUUUGGAAAGGAAAGAGAUGCAGCUAUUAAAAAACUGGCUACUGAAGCUGGAGUAGAAGUAAUUGUACGAAUUUCACAUACAUUAUAUGACCUAGACAAGAUCAUAGAACUAAAUGGUGGACAGCCACCUCUUACUUAUAAAAGAUUCCAGACUCUCAUCAGCAAAAUGGAACCACUAGAGAUACCAGUAGAGACAAUUACUUCGGAAGUGAUAGAAAAGUGCACAACUCCUCUAUCUGACGACCAUGAUGAGAAAUACGGAGUCCCCUCACUGGAAGAACUAGGUUUUGAUACAGAUGGCUUACCAUCUGCAGUUUGGCCAGGUGGAGAAACUGAAGCACUUACACGUUUGGAAAGGCAUUUGGAAAGAAAAGCUUGGGUGGCAAACUUUGAAAGACCUCGAAUGAAUGCAAAUUCCCUGCUUGCUAGCCCUACAGGACUCAGUCCUUAUCUCCGAUUUGGUUGUUUGUCAUGUCGACUGUUUUACUUCAAACUGACAGAUCUCUACAAAAAGGUAAAGAAGAACAGCUCUCCUCCCCUUUCCCUUUAUGGGCAGCUGUUAUGGCGUGAAUUUUUCUACACAGCAGCAACAAAUAAUCCACGCUUUGACAAAAUGGAAGGAAACCCCAUCUGUGUUCAGAUUCCUUGGGAUAAGAAUCCUGAAGCUUUAGCAAAAUGGGCAGAAGGACGGACGGGCUUUCCAUGGAUUGAUGCCAUCAUGACACAGCUUCGUCAGGAGGGUUGGAUUCAUCAUUUAGCUAGACAUGCAGUUGCUUGCUUCCUGACACGAGGUGACCUGUGGAUUAGUUGGGAAGAAGGCAUGAAGGUAUUUGAAGAAUUACUGCUUGAUGCAGAUUGGAGCAUAAAUGCUGGAAGUUGGAUGUGGCUGUCUUGUAGUUCCUUUUUCCAACAGUUUUUUCACUGCUAUUGCCCUGUUGGUUUUGGUAGGAGAACAGACCCUAAUGGAGACUAUAUCAGGCGUUAUUUGCCUGUCCUAAGAGGCUUCCCUGCAAAAUAUAUCUAUGAUCCCUGGAAUGCACCAGAAGGUAUUCAAAAGGUAGCCAAAUGUUUGAUAGGAGUUAAUUAUCCUAAACCAAUGGUGAACCACGCUGAGGCAAGCCGUUUGAAUAUUGAGAGGAUGAAGCAGAUCUAUCAGCAGCUUUCACGAUAUAGAGGGUUAGGUCUUCUUGCGUCAGUGCCAUCUAAUCCUAACGGGAAUGGAGGCCUCAUGGGGUAUUCUCCUGGAGAAAAUAUCCCAGGUUGUAGCAGCAGUGGAAGUUGCCCUCAAGGAAGUGGUAUUUUACAUUACGCUCAUGGAGAGAGUCAGCAAAAUCACCUAUUAAAGCAAGGAAGAAGCUCCACGGGCAGUGGUCUUAGCAGUGCGAAACGUCCUAGUCAGGAAGAGGACACGCAGAGCAUCAUCGGUCCUAAAGUCCAGCGACAGAGCACUAAUUAGGUGGCUGGGUCGACUGAGGGAAUUGGGCGGCUUGGGACCCAGCCUCAGUUCCCGGACCUCGGGAGGAACGGAGGUAGACCGCAGGAGCCUCAGCCCGGGGAGGAAGGAAGGACGGAGCCAGAGACCCGGUAUUCGCAUACGGUACAGAGCGGAUGCCGACAGGUGAGUGCUAUUGAAAGGUUCAUUGCAGGAAGGUGACCAGAUCACAUUUUGAGAAGAAGCUGGAAGGAAGCCCAAGUGGAUUAACUGAAGCUCUGGACAAGGACAGGAUCUCUGGGGAGAAACUAAGGUAUGAUGAGUAUAUUCUGAACCUCAGGACCGUGGGAAUUAGCCAGUGGAUUGCAGGCAUGUUGUGGAAGUUGCUCAUGAGAUCCCAGCCCUGCAGGCUCUGUUCUUUCCAAAAGAUGCUAUCGGCUCCAAAUACAGACCUUUCCUAGCAUCCUUCACCUACACAACUGAUAAUCAGUCAAACAAAGAAAAUAAAAUGACAGUGGAAAAGCUCUAUAAAUUGUCAGUGGACAUCAGGAAAAUUCGAAGAUUAAAAGGAUGGGUACUUCUAGAGGAUGAAACCUAUGUUGAAGAAAUUGCAGAUAUUUUACAACAACUAGGUGCCAAUCAGACUGCUGUAGCCAGUAUCUUGGAACGCUGCCCAGAAGCAAUUAUCUGCAGUCCAACUGCUAUUAACACACAGAGAGAACUCUGGCAAUUGGUCUGCAAAAACAAGGAAGAGUUAGUCAAGUUAAUAGAACAGUUUCCAGAAUCUUUCUUUACUGUUAAAGACCAGGAAAACCAGAAGUUGAAUGUUCAGUUCUUUCAAGAGUUGGGACUCAAAAAUGUGGUCAUUAGCAGAUUUUUGACAACUGCAUCUAAUAUUUUUCAUAAUCCACUUGAGAAAAAUAAGCAAAUGAUAAAGAUUCUCCAAGAGAGUUACCUAAAUUUAGGUGGCUCUGAGGCCAAUAUGAAAGUUUGGCUACUAAAAUUAUUAAGCCAAAACCCAUUUAUUUUGUUAAAGUCCUCUGCAGCUAUAAAGGAAACACUAGAAUUUCUUCAGGAGCAAGGUUUCACAAACUUUGAAAUUCUCCAGCUUCUGUCCAAACUCAAAGGAUUUCUUUUUCAACUUUGCCCAAGAAGUAUACAGAACAGUAUGUCCUUCACGGAAAAUGCUUUUAAAUGUACUGAUCAUGACCUAAAGCAAUUGGUUUUGAAGUGUCCCGCCCUUUUAUAUUACUCUGUUGCAGUUUUGGAAGAGAGAAUUCAGGGAUUAUUGAAAGAAGGAAUUUCCAUAACUCAGAUAAGAGAGACACCAAUGGUUCUUGAAUUAACGCCACAGAUAGUACAAUACAGGAUAAGAAAACUGAAUUCCUUAGGCUAUAGAGUAAAGGAUGGACAUCUAGCACAUUUAAAUGGAACAAAAAAAGAGUUUGAGGAGAACUUUGGUAAAAUUCAGGCAAAAAAAGGCCGGCCAUUAUUUAACCCUGUGGCACCUUUAGAUGUUGAAGAGUAACUUACUGACUGAUGUUGCUUGCUUCUGUCAGUGCAGUGAAACUGAGUAGCUUGUGGGCACCAGUAAUUUUAAGAACCUACUUAGCUUCUAAAUUGUGUUUGAAUUACCUCUUAAGUAGAUAAUCUCUGACUCAGUUGCUGUUUUUAAAAAUAUAAAUUAUGGGGAGUUCCCGUUGUGGCUCAGUGGUUAACGAAUCCAACUAGGAACCAUGAGGUUGCAGGUUUGAUCCCUGGCCUUGCUCAGUGGGUUGGGGAUCCGGCAUUGCCAUGAGCUGUGGUGUAGGUUGCAGAUGCGGCUGGGAUCACGCAUUGGCUGUGGCUCUGGAGUAGGCUGGCGGGUAUGGCUCCGAUUCGACCCUGGGAACUUUCAUAUGCCGCAAGAGCGGCCCAAGAAAUGGCAAAAAAGACCAAAAAAUAUAUAUAUAUUUAUAUAUAUAUAAAUUGUAUUUAAAGUUUGUAGUUUUGACCUUGAGCUUUAAAAAAAAAAGAAUAUUGAAUUGCAUAUCAGUGUGAUAUUUUAUUAGUGAAUAAUUUCUGAGAAACUGACAAGUGCACUCCCUUCAUUCAAAGUAUGGAUACAUUUCAUUCAUAUAGUACAUUUCGUCUGCUCUUCUCUCACUACCAAUUCUGAAAACCUCACUGAACUGAAGUCUGAAUUCUGUAGCCUAGUGUUUAGUGAAACAGACUUAUAACACAUCUUCAUAGAGAAAGCUGAUUUCAUCGGGUUGGAAUAAAUGAUGAGUAUCUUUGAGAACCAAGUAUUGCCCAUCAAAAGGAAUACUUAGACCUUAUGGUCAGUUUGUUUGAAAUUGAUUACUUUGUCUGGUGAAAUGCUUUUAUGUGCAUUCAUUACUCUCUUUUUACAGAUGAGGAAGCUGAAGCUUAGGCCAUCUAACUGCCAAGUGCCAGAGCCCUGAUUUACUAAGAUCUCUCUUGUGUUCAAAACCUUGUGAACAGAAGGAUUACUUAUGACUUAGCAUAAAAGAAUAUCAACUACAAAUUUAGGGAUUUUUAUGAAAACUUCUGUAAAAUUCCUUAAAUUUGAAAUGAUCUAGUUUGUAUACAUUUGAAGUAAAUGCAGCUUUUAAGAAAACUUUCUGAAAAUCUAGAUCUGACUAUAAAAUGUAAAUGGUAAAGUGUGUGAUGGUUGGUAAUGAUUUUACUAGGUUUCAAGUUUCCAAAUUUUGUUCCAAGAUUAAUACUACCCAAAUAAAGACUGGCUCACUUUCAGCUGUAGAGUUUGAACUUUGUAACAAAUACACAACUAAACAAUUGACUCUUGACACUCAAACAUCUGUGUACUGUAUGUGCGCAGAUAAUGACUUUAAGUAAUGAAAAAAUUAUGAAAAAGCACGUCUUCACUCUGUUCCCUCAUCCAGCAAAUGUAAGUAACCCUCACUAUCUAAUUCUGUUCAGUUUCUUAUUUAGGAAAGCAAAAGAUACCUCUAUGCAGCACCUAGAUUCCUGCAACAUCGUGCUUUACAACUCUGAACCAUUGUUUACGGUUCUAACAGAUGAGGACACUCAGGAACAGAGAGGGUAAGUCACUCACAGUCACCCAGAUGUUUGUUCAAAAGAAAGCAUGGUAGCUAUUAUGGUUGGGACAGAGUUAAGUGAUGAGAAGACUGACACAAGAUGAGCAUCACAGGUCCAUUUAAGGAGCAGGAUCUCAAUUGUAUGUGUGACGGGAAACCCUUGGUCAGAUUUUAGGUUAUGCUUGACUUGUCCUGAUGUAAUUGUCAGUAGUGCUUUCUUUCACCCUCGAAAGUGUCUCCGUUUGGAAUACAUUAUAUGGUCACCUUGGUAGCUCUAUUUUAGACGUCAGUUUUGAGAUGCCUACUAGAAUCUGAGCAGAAAUUUUGAACAGGAAAACUGAAGUGUAGAGUUGUGAGAGUUCAGGACUGAAGAUAGAUACUUGAGGAUCAUCUGCAUAUUUAUGGUAUUAAAGCUAUGACUCUUGGAGUUCCCAUCGCGGCUCAGUGGUUAACGAAUCUGACUAGGAACCAUGAGGUUGCAGGUUCGAUCCCUGGCCUCGCUCAGUGGGUUAAGAAUCUGGCGUUGCCAUAAGCUGUGGUGUAGGUCGCAGAGGCAGCUUGGAUCCCAAGUUGCUGUGGCUCUGGCAUAGGCCGGUGGCUACAGUUCCGAUUAGACCCCUAGCCUGAGAACUUCCAUAUGCCGCAAGCGCGGCCCUAAAAAGACAAAAAAAAAAAAAAAAAAAAGACUCUAGAUGAGAUUGCCCAGAAAGAGGAUAGAUUUGGAGUAGUGGUGGACACAAAGUCUGGAAAGGGUUGACUAAAAUAAGUCCCAAGAAAAGAGGACAUUUUUAAUAAUAUUGAAUGCCAUGGGGAGGUCAGCCAAGAUUUGGAGAAGUGACCAGUGGAUUUGGCAAAAGUGAAAUCAUUAGUUGUCCCUGUCAAGAGUGAUUCUGGUGAAAUGAGAAAUGUAAGAAUGCACCUGGAGUGGGUCAAAAGAAGAGAAGACGAGGCAGGGACUACAUAGUUAGGAAAUUUUGCUGAGAAAGGAAACAGGAAAAGGGAGGAUGAGAGAUGAGGGAAGUGAAGGGCUGAUUUCAGAUAAGAGCAGAGAUAUUAGUCCUGCUCCACAGAGUGUGGGAACAGAUGCAGGUAAGUUGAUGGGGUGAGUGGGCAUUGUAAGAGGCAGGGGAAUUCAGAAUGGGAGAAGGGGAGUAUAGCAGGAGGGCUGGGAAAAGGAGGUGUGAAAUAAUCAUUUUUAGGAGCAGGAAGGUGGACAAACAAGAAGGUAUAUAAAAGUUUGGCAGAGUUGAGUGGCCAUGUGUGCUUUGUGGCCAUUAAUUUAAAAAGAGCCUCAUCACUACAGCAGUGAAAUUUAGGUGCCCAGGCACAGAGAACAAGAGGCAGUUAUGGUUAUAGAAAUAUAUUUGUAGCUUAUGCUAACUUGGAAAAUUUAAACUAAAAAAAAAAAAAAUCCAUGGUAAAAUAUAGUAUUACUGACUUUAUUUUCCCUUAGACUAAAUCAUAGUCUAUUAUCUUUUAGCCCUUCGACCUCUGCCUUUUUCUAUUCUUGCAUUCUUACUCAUAUCUUCCUAUAAAUAAAAUUUUAGACAUUCAAAAAUAACAACAUAGCAGGGGGAGAUGUCCUUACACAAAACACUGUCAAAUUUCAUUUCCUCUGAAAAAUGCUCUAAGAACAAAAUUACAUUAUUUCUUUUAAACAAUUUGUGUAUAAAUUCAUUUCUGUGACAAAAUGUAAUUAGCUGCCAAAAUAAAUACAAUCGCUUAGAUUUCCAGUGAGCUCAAGUCACACAGCCUGGUAAAUCAAGCAUUCAGGCAGUACUAAUACCCACAGCAAAAUUAAAGACUAAUCAUUGAGGGGUUCCGUUGUGGCUCAGAGGGCUAUGAACCCGACUAGUAACCAUAAAGACUUGGAUUCAAUCCCUGGCCUCACUCAAGGGGUUAAGGAUCCGACGUUGCCAUCAGUUAUGGUGUAGGUCACAGGCACAACUUGGAUCCUACCUUGCUGCAUAUGUGCAUAGGCCAGCAGCUGUACCCUAGCCAGGGAAUUUCCAUAUGCCACAAGUUUGGCCCUAAAAGGCAAAAAAUAAAAACUAAAAAAAAGAAAUGAGGUCUUAAUGUAAUAAAUCAUUUAAAAAAAAGACUAAUCAUUGAGUGGUCCCCUUUGUUUCUGGACAUAAGCUGGAGAGGAUGUGAUUUACACUAAUUCUGAAGUGACAUGGGAAAUUCAACUAACAUUGAAAGUUAGCAUGUUCCAUAUUUUUUUAACAAGGAAUAAAGAUACUUUCCUCACACUGACUGAAUCAGAGAAUGUGUGGACCGUGCCAGGCAGGCAAGUAGGUGCCUAGUAAAUAUCAAUUUCUGCCUUCCUCUGAUUGGUUCCCAUCCCUAUGAGUCCUUUCUGGCUAGUAAGAGAUCUGAGUUGGUUCCACAGCUGUUCAUGAAGACAGAGGAAAGGGUACCCCUUUGUAAUUCCUCUAUCAGUUCCUAAAUUUUAGAAUGCCCAAGAAUCACCCACCCAGGUGGUUAAAUUGCAGUUCUGCGGCCCACCCUGCAGAGAUUCAGCAAGCUGGGGUAAAACCUAGAAAUCUUAAUUUUAUUUUAUUGGAGUUGUUAAAAGUAUAUUUGCAUUUCAUUGUUGUGUUGGCAUUAAAAUUCAUAUUCGGAGAUGAUUUGUCAUGUUUGUACAUUAGUUAUCAAAAAGGUUUAAAAACUGACUACAGUACUUUCUGAACUGCUAUGUAACUAAAAUUUUAAGACUACCCUGUUUUAAAAUUUUCUUUAUUUCCUUAGAUCUUUAUGCAACAGUUCAUCUUAUGCAGAUCAUGGUGCUUUAUUAACAAAUUCAUGUAUUCCUUUCCCAUUCCUUUAAUACAAAAAAAUUUUAUUCAAUCAUCAGUUACUUUCAUCUGACAUUUCACUAAGUAUAGUUUUCAUAAUGUCAACGUUAUUCUAUCAGUCAUUCAAGUGGGUCACGUAAGUUUAUCCUCCUUGUGCCAAACACCCACUUGAAGGAUAUGAAUAAAAGAUGUCUCCAGGUGAAUACAACAACCUUAGUUUCUUGAACUAGUACUGUUUAACAGAUCAAACUGCUAGUCUAUGAAAAUAAGCUGGAAAGGACCCAAGGGUACAGCUGUACAUAUCAUCAAAUGGCAAGUUCAUUUCAACAAGAACCUCAAUAACUAACUGUCCAUUUGCAUAAAUUCUCUGCUAUCAUUGCAAAAGCCUCUCCUGAACAAAGUUAUAGUUUAAAAUUUAAAACAAACUUUAUGAGAUAAAUUGUACCAGGUGGCUUUUCUGUAGCAAAAAUUAUUACAACCAUUUUUCCUCAAGCAAUUUUAAAGACAAGCAUAGUUGAAAAUAAAUAUUGCAAUCAUACAGUAAACUAACAUCUAUAUUUAGAAACUCAGUUACAAAGCACAGCAGAGCCUAUGACUAUGUAAGAUAAUUUAGAAAUACAAACUAGCAAUGAAGCAAUAAUUUCUUUCAAAUAGCAGGAAACAAAUUCUCCAAUACCAUUAUUUAGCUCAUUAGUCAGUGUUCUUCAUUAAUUUUGGAGUUUAAAAUCCCCUUUGUUAAUUACGACAUUUGACCAGAUAUACCAACAAAUAUACCUUAAAUUGUGCUGGAUGAAAUAAAUGACCAUUUACUUUCUAAUUAAUUUAGCUCCCUCAUGACGUUUCAGUUUUGUAUAUGGUAGAAAUGCUUAAAAUGUUCAAAAACCUUUGUAGACCUACUUAAACCCCUGCUGGUACCUAUGAAAGCUUUUAUAAGUUAAGCUUUGUUCUUAUCCAUUUGAUCCACAUUAUUAAGGUAAAACUCUUCAUGGUUUGCAAAUAAACAUUUAAGCUUUGAGUGCUGGAGUGAUCUGUUUUAAGUUCUCAGGAAUGCUGUUAACUUACUUACUCCAGAGCAUCACCUCCUUUCCUCCUCUUGAUCAUUUAAAAAAAAAAAAAAAA